AUGCAUCCCCGGGCGAAUGACUCCUUUACCACUGCGCCUGUGGCAGCAUUAGAGGAAGAGCACAUUCCGGAGGAUAUAUCCACAUUGGAAAUCGUGAAAAAGUUUGUUGUGACGGGUGUCCCUCUUACUCUGGCCACACUCGCACAGUUUUCUAUCAUUACCGUCAUCCUUGCUGUAGUAGGGAGGAAAUUAGGGGUGAAUGAACUUGGAGGGGCCUCAUUGGCACUUGGCCUUAUUAAUGCGACAGCAUUUGCAUUUGCGGCUGGUUCCUGUGGGGCUCUUGAGACAGUACUGUCUCACACGUACGGUCUUUAUAAGUCCCGUGGAGGGUCAGGUACAAUGCAUAUGUAUGGCACCUAUGUUCAGCGUAUGAUUAUUAUUUUGGCUUUUAUUAGUAUUCCUAUUGGUGCAAUUUUAAUAUACAUUGAUAAGUUUCUGGAGUAUAUUGGGCAAAGUGAGCAGGUUGUGUAUUAUACUGGACGUUUCUGCCGCAUCGCAGUUUUUGGUAUCCCAAGUACACAGAUUUUUCAGGUCCUUGGCCGUUAUUACGCAUGCCAACAUGAGACGCGUCCCCUUUCAAUUGUGAUGCUUGUCGCAUCUUUAUUUAACCCAAUUUUUCAAAUAUUGCUAAUUCAUUGGCUUGGUUUUGAUGGCUCACCUGUGGCCUGGUUAUUGUUGUUUACUUUUGUUGACGCAUCGUUAAUUGCGCAUGCUUAUUGGACCGGACUAUACAAGAAAACCUGGGGCGGUUGGGACCGGAAAGCAAUCAAAAACAUUAAGGCUCUUCUGAAAUUAGCCAUUCCAUCAAUGGCAAUGAUGAUGAGUGAGUGGGUUAUACUGGAGGUGAUUUCCGUUUGUGCAGGGUUUGCAGAGCCCCAUGAAUUGGCGGCGUUUUCCAUCACAAUGCAGGUGUUUGGCGUCUGUUGGAGUAUUGCUUCUGGGGUAAUGAUUCUUGUCUGCGUACUCAUUGGCAACGCCAUUGGUGAGGGUAAACCAUUGCUCGGAAAGCGUAUUGCCAAUGUGGCCAUUGUGAUCGUGGCUGUUAUUGCGGUAAUUGAUGUUGCGCUCUGUUGGCUAUUGGAGGAUCGCAUUCCUUUUCUUUUCACAUCUGAGGAAAAGGUGGUUGUGGUGUAUCGCCGUCUGCUGCGUUACGUCCUGCCGUAUCAUCUCUUUGAUACCUUUCAAAGUACAGUCAUGGGGAUUCUGCGUGGGUGUGGACUACAAAAGAUUGGUGCCAUUAUUAUAGGUUCCGCGCUCUGUCUUGUGGGUGCGCCGGUUGCGUUUUACCUCUUUUUCUAUCUCAAGUUUGGCGUGGAGUCACUGUGGAUUGGCCCUUUCUUUGGCGUGGUGGUGUUGGGGUGCCCGUCCUACGUCUAUCUUCUAUACUGGCACAUUGAUUGGUCGAACUUGAAAGCACAUGAGGAGGAGCCGAACGUCGUGAUGGAAGAGGGGGCAGAUGUCGUGGAGACGACGGAAGUAGUGGUAGAGUCAAGGGAGGGCGCCGUGCAGUGCACUGUGCCGGGCACGGCCAAUGAGUAA